AUGGGCAACUUGGGCAUCAAGGAGGGACUGUGGGGGGCGUUGGUGAAGAAGGGAGGUACAGCCGACACAGCCGACACCGCACAGGACGGGCGAGAGGGGAUGGAUGACGGGGAUCUCCUGGUGGUGGUGGACUCGGAGCCAUCCACGAAUGCAUCAAGUGUGUGGAACAGCAUGCAGCAUUGCCAUGAGCGAUGCUCCCUUGUGGUGUCGUUGGAGUACGACGGGGAGGGACUUGUCUUCGACGAGCUAUCCCUCCGCAUCCUCCACCUGCUCUCUAACUCCCGCAAGAGAUGUUUCUGGCUGAUGUCAGCCAGCUCGCCGUCUUCCUUCCUGCCUCCCCACCUGGACAUUGCUUGCUUGUCAACGAAGGCUACUAGAUCUGCUCCACCUGACGUUGAGGUCGUCUUCGAAGACGUGCAUGCACAGUUGAGGCGUCUGGUCAAGAGUUUCAAUCCAAAGUUCUAUCAGGACAACGUGUUCACGCAAGGGGUUAUCAAAUCAGCCAUCUGCAAACAGUUCGGCAACUUGUGCCCCUCGCCACGAGGCCUCGCGCUCUUCCAGCACAGUGACUCGUCAUUGUUGGGGAGGUCCCUUUCUCUGCCGGAGAGGACAGCGGCUGCCAAGCUUCGACGGCUGAUUCAAGAUCUUCAGUUUCCGAUAUUCUGCUACACCAACCCUAAGCUCGCGGGUCAUGGGGCUCAAUUCCACGCCAUGAUGGAAGCCUUUUCUUACGCCAUUGCGACAAAUCGGACCAUGGUUUUGGAUGAUGAGUGUGAUUGGUCGAUGAAAGUUGCAGACAAUGAGGGCUUCGGAAGGUUCUGGUGGAACUCGAUUCUCAUUGGAGAGCUGUUGAGGCCCAACAAUCGAGUUGAAGAAGCGAUAGCACAGGAAAUCGAGAAAUUCAAAGAUAAGGGAUCUACUCUUCGGAUCUGCAUACAUCAUCGUAGCGGGCACAAGGUCAUUGAGAUUCCUCCCCGCCCCGUGCAAGCAUAUGCCGACGAGCUCGUCUCCGUCCUGCUACGGGCGUUGGGCAUGCGAGUGGCAGUGUCUGACGAGUCGCAUCCUCGUCCCAACUUUCGCAUCAGCAUCCCCAAGGCGGUAAGCAUGAAGCUUUUGGAUGCCGAGCAGGAGAACAUGCUCUCGCUUGUCUCCUUGUUUACCAUGGCCAGAUCAUGCGACGUCUUUCUUGGCCCUACCAGGCUGGUCAUGGAGCUUGCGGUGUCAGCGCGAGCAGCUGUGAUACCCCAUGCCUCUCUCGACGUAGCCUCAUCCUUCUACUGA